CGUUUUCUGGAGAACAAAAUAAGUUUUAGUUAAGAGUUUAUAAGUAAUUAUUUACACCUUCAUAAAAAAGAGAAAAUCUGAAUAAUUUAGGUUCUUACUAGACCUAAAAAUGAGAGCAAACACUUUUUUGUUGGUUGUUUUGUUGGGAGUGAUAUCUUUGAUGAAUUGCAAAAACGCUAAAGACGAUUGCUCUGCCAACGAGGAAUUCCUACCAUGCGGAUCGUCGUGUCCAGCAACCUGCGCUGACCCUAGCCCAGUCUGCGAUGACUACUGCGUGGCUGGAUGCUUCUGCAAGUCUGGGUACUUGAAGAAGAACAAAACUUGUGUCAAAGCGGAUAAGUGUGGUGGCAAGCCCAAGUAAGGAAAUCGGCGAGUUGCAUAAUCAUCUUUCUACUUUUUAUACUGCAAGCUUUUGUAUAAUAAAG